GCCCAGGCUGGAGUGCAGUAUAUUUUAUCUGUAUAUUGGAGUUUCCUGGGGAGGCAUUGGUACAUUGAAAUUGCCACAACAGGAGCCAGAUGCAGAAGCCACUGCAUUUUCCUGCAAGCCAAGGGCUGUCUGCAUCUCAGGAGUGGGGUCAGCAGGAGGAACUCUACAGCUGCGUUCACCUCUUUUCCAAGCCUGACUAUGCUGGGGAAGCUGAAAAGAAACAUGAUGCCCCGGGCUUUACAGAAGAAACGAGAAAUCCACAUGGCCCAGGCCCAUCGGAGACGAGCUGCGAGGUCCGCUCUCCCCAUGAGACUCACCAGCUGCAUCUUCCAGAGGCCGGUGACAAGGAUCAGGUCUCAUCCUGACAACCACGUCAGGCGCAGAAAAGGGGAUGAGCACCUGGAGAAGCCUCAGCAACUCUGCGCCUACCGGAGAAUGCAGGCCCUGCAGCCCUGCAGCAGCCAAGGAGAAGGUUCAAGUCCACGGCAUUUGGAGAGCGUCUUAAGUAUCCUUGCACUGGGGAUGGCCGGUGACUCUCCUCCGGACAGAGCUGGUGCUGAGCGUGUGCACAGCCGGCCCGAGCCCACCCCUGGGCAGUUUCCAGCUGUGGCAGGGGGGCCAACCCUGGGAGUGGGUUGUCAGCUCCCACUGCCCCUCUCUGGCCAAUUGGUGACUCCUGAAGAUAUCCGGAGACAGGCCAGGAGGGUGAAGAAAGCCAGGGAGAGACUGGCCAAGGCCUUGCAGGCAGACAGGCUGGCCAGGCAGGCAGAAAUGCUGACAGGUGGAUGAAGUGCAGGAGGAGGGGGUGCUGAGAAGCUGUGGGGUGUGGCCCCGGAGUUGGGGCGUGAGUC